AUGAAGAUGAUCGACGCUGCUAGCGGAGGAGCGCUUGUCAAUAUGACCCCUCAAAGGGCAAGAGAGCUAAUAUCCACCAUGGCGGCAAAUUCUCAACAAUAUCGGCCAAAUUCAGAACCGACAAGACGGGUUAAUGGGGUAAACGUUUCAACUUUAGAAGAUAAAUUGGAUAAACUUACGAAUGUUGUUCAAUCUUUGCUUACAGAAAAGAAGAGUUUGACCCCACUAUGUGGAAUUUGUACUACGUCUGAACACCCGACAAAUUUGUGCCCAAUCCUUAACGAUAAUUCAACAGCACAUGUAGAUGCUGUCGGAGGUUUUCCGGGACCUCUGCAAAGACGUUAUGAUCCUUUCUCCAAGACCUACAAUCCCAGGUGGAAAGAUCAUCCCAACCUGAAUUACGGAGCUAAUCCCCGAUAUAAUCCAUCAUACCAAUCGAGACCUCAGCAACCACUACAACAACAACACAAGCCGAGCACAUCUCUAGAAGCUGUUGUGGAAAGACUUGCCGCCGAUGCUGCAAAAUAUCAACAGAGGACAGACGCAUCAAUACAAGAGUUAACUAAUCAAGUUAGUAAACUCUCAAUGGCAGUUAAUCGCUUGGAGUCUCAAGGUAAAUUACCUUCCCAGACAGAGCCGAACCCUCGGCAGAAUGCCAGUGCAAUCACUCUUCGUAGUGGAAAGGUUCUGGAAACAGUACCAACUAAAAGUCAUGGGCAAGACAAGGAACAGGAAAAGCAGAUCUCCGAUGCAACAACCAGGCCAGAAUUAGAAGUUCAGAAACCAGUUGUGAUGCCACCUCCUUUUCCAGGGAGGCUUGCAAGGGAUAAGAAAGAGAAGGAGGAAAAAGAGAUCCUCGAGACAUUCAGGAAGGUGGAGGUAAAUAUUCCUUUACUCGAUGCUAUCAAACAAAUCCCUCUUUAUGAAAAAUUCCUCAAGGAGUUGUGUACUAGAAAGAGGAGGUUAAUAGGUAAUGAAAGAGUAAAUGUAGGAGAAAAUGUCUCCGCAGUACUGCAAAAGAAAGUUCCACCCAAAUACAAGGACCAAUGUAUGUUUGCUAUUCCUUGUGAGAUAGGCAAUCUGAUUAAUGCGGGUCCUUUAAAAGAGACAGGAGUAAUAAUCCAGUUGGCGGACAGAUCAGUCGUCUAUCCCGAAGGGCUGCUUAAAGACGUCCUUGUAAAAGUUAACGAAUUAGUUUUCCCUGCAGAUUGCUACAUUGUUAGUAUUGAAGAUGAUAAUUCAACUAAUUCGUCUGACAUUUUGCUUGGAAGGCCGUUUCUAAGUACCGCGAGGGCAAAAAUAAAUGUUCGAAGUGGAACACUGACCAUGGAGUUUGAUGGCGAAAUUGUGAAAUUCAAUGUCUACGAGGCCAUGGGUCAUCCUAACUCUCUAUUAAAUAUUUCUAGCAUUGAUAUUUUAGAUUGUUUAACUCAAUCUUAUUCUGAAUAUCAUGACUUUGAUGAGUUGGAAACUGUCCUUUACAGAAACAUUGACAUGGAUGUUUUACAUCAUCUCUAA